AUGCCGUGCUUUUUUUUCAAGUAUUGCGCAUUGAUUCCGUUCGUUUCAGUUAGGAAAAUGGUCACGAAUGAAUCGCUGGAGAAUGGCACUGACGAAGAUUCGUGCAUCGAGCAUCCUCCAGUAUUUCUGGAGUUCAAAAUGGUUUUCGUUGGAUGUAUUGGUGCAACAGUUGCAUUGGUCAGUCUCAUCGAGAANAUUCGAAAAUUCUACGUCGACGUAAUCUGCAGUAUUUGA